GUCCGACGACCUCACGCAGGGUCCCCGAAGAGUAACUGGCCUCCAGGAAAAGGGCAGGGGGCCGAGAUGCCAGAGAGGGCAGGGACCCGAGAGACGGCCGAACGGACUUGAGGGCUAGCACUGAGGAACUGCCUGCCAGCAGCAAUCUACAAACUAGUGAGGAGUGACUGAGUCUUCCCAUCUUCUGCAUCCUGGGAGCCCUGGCCCCUCCUCGCACCUCCGGACUUCUCGCUCGCCAGUGGCCUGGGGCUGCCGGCGCGGGGCUGGGCGUGCGUGUGUUGCUGUGCGCGCGCGCGGGGGUGUGUGUGCGCAGCCCGCGCGCCGAGCCCGGCCGCCGGGACCCAGCAGCCCGCCGCCUGUUUGGCGUCUCUCCUCCUUGCAGCCCCAUCUUCGCAGCCUCCUCACCUGGCGCUCGCCGCCGGCCGCCCGCGCAACCCUGCUCGGCCGCCACUGCCUCCCCUCAAAGUUUCCUCAGAGCAGACACCUUCGCCAAGGGCUGCCCAGGGAGAUGGAUUUCUGAUUCUGUGCCUUGGAGUGGCUCUUCUUCCAGCACCUCUCAGCCUUGUCCCCACCUAAAUCCGAGCAGAAGGUAGAAGAUUUUCCAAAUUCAGGGGAGGAAAGGGGGAGGGGUUUUUAUCUAGAGGAAGAGAGGAGCGGCCACGACUGAGAAUAGGAGCUUCUUCUGUGCCUGAUGCCGGGAACUGACUGACUGAUGGGCCUGUAGGGUUAAAGAAGAAAAUUAAAUAGAAAGCCAAGUUGACCGAGCAGGGGCUGGGAGGCUUCCGGAUGCCAGGAAGAUUGUCCCCGUCUCCGUUUGCACGGGCGUGAAGAUUUAGAGGCGCCUCCAGUGCGAGGGCUUUUAAACCGCCAUCACCUCCUGAUCCCUUUGGAAGGAAAAGCCGGCAGAGCUGAGGCAGGGGGUGUCAAGGAAAAGCUUGGACUUGUGUGCAACGCAUCUUUGGCUUUGGAUUUUAAGGACAUGAACGAGAAUUAACAGCGUCUCAAGGCAAUCUGUUGGAGAUGGUUUCAAGAUGUAGAAGUCUUAUAUGUGAAGUAUCCCAAAUGAAGUUGGAACAUCCAUGUUGAAAUUGCUUCAUGUUCUGCCUGGAUUCUAGACCCUCUGAGGAGAGCAGUGUUCACCAAUAUUCAUCAUGUGAUAGAUUGAAGAGUACCACGGGAAGCCUGUAUUGCUGUAUCAUGUGCUGCUUGUGCUUCUAAAGCGUCCAGUGGAUUUUUAAUCAUAUGAGCCUUGAAACAGAGUCAUGCAAAGAGGCUCAGAAAAGAACACAGAAAGUAGCCACCAUCAGCAUGAGGAGCCCAACAAGUCAGCCUGGUGAGAUGAGAAAAACAAAAUGCAGCUUUCAAGGUUCACUUCAAGCAGUUGGCUUGUGGGACUUUGAGAGAUGCUGCUGCCCAUGACAUGUUGGAAUUACCAUGAUCAACUACCCAGUUUGGAUUUCACCCAGUGGCCAGGAGCUUUGCAUGGUAGACAGCAAGGGUUGGAUUUUUAAAAAGAGUAAAUCAGGCCCGUGACCAAGGUGUAGACUAAGAGGUGGAGUCAUGCUUCACACGGCCAUAUCAUGUUGGCAGCCAUUCCUGGGUCUGGCUGUGGUGUUCGUCUUCAUGGGUUCCACCAUUGGCUGCCCCGCUCGCUGUGAAUGCUCUGCCCAGAACAAAUCCGUUAGCUGCCACAGAAGGCGGCUCAUCGCCAUCCCCGAGGGCAUUCCCAUCGAGACCAAAAUCUUGGACCUCAGCAAGAACAGGCUGAAGAGUGUCAACCCUGAGGAGUUCACAUCCUAUCCUCUGCUGGAGGAGAUAGAUUUGAGUGACAACAUCAUUGCCAAUGUGGAGCCAGGAGCUUUUAACAAUCUCUUUAACCUUCGUUCCCUCCGCCUCAAAGGUAACCGCCUGAAACUGGUCCCCUUAGGGGUCUUCACGGGGCUAUCCAACCUCACCAAGCUGGACAUUAGUGAGAAUAAGAUUGUCAUUUUACUGGACUACAUGUUCCAGGACCUGCACAACCUGAAGUCUCUAGAGGUGGGGGACAAUGAUUUGGUUUAUAUAUCACACAGGGCCUUCAGUGGGCUCCUGAGCUUGGAGCAGCUCACCCUGGAGAAAUGCAACCUCACAGCUGUACCAACAGAAGCCCUUUCCCACCUCCACAGCCUCAUUAGCCUGCAUCUGAAGCAUCUCAAUAUCAACACUAUGCCCGUGUAUGCCUUUAAAAGACUGUUCCACCUGAAACAUCUAGAGAUUGACUAUUGGCCUUUACUGGAUAUGAUGCCUGCCAAUAGCCUCUAUGGUCUCAACCUCACGUCCCUCUCGAUCACCAAUACCAACCUGUCCACGGUCCCCUUCCUUGCCUUUAAACACCUGGUAUAUCUGACCCACCUUAACCUCUCCUACAAUCCUAUCAGCACAAUCGAAGCUGGCAUGUUCUCGGAACUGAUCCGCCUUCAGGAGCUUCAUAUAGUGGGGGCCCAGCUCCGCACCAUUGAGCCUCACUCCUUCCAAGGGCUCCGCUUCCUUCGUGUGCUCAAUGUGUCUCAGAACCUACUGGAAACUCUGGAAGAGAAUGUCUUCUCCUCCCCUAGGGCUUUGGAGGUCCUGAGCAUCAAUAACAAUCCACUAGCCUGUGACUGCCGUCUCCUCUGGAUCCUGCAGCGGCACCCCACACUGCAGUUCGGGGGCCAGCAGCCCAUGUGUGCUGGCCCCGACACCAUCCGUGAGAGAUCAUUCAAGGAUUUCCACAGCACUGCCCUUUCUUUUUACUUUACCUGCAAAAAACCGAAAAUCCGUGAAAAGAAGCUGCAGCAUCUGCUAGUGGAUGAAGGGCAGACGGUCCAGCUCGAAUGCAGUGCUGACGGAGACCCUCAGCCUGUCAUUUCCUGGGUGACACCGCGCAGGCGUUUUAUCACCACCAAGUCCAAUGGAAGAGCCACCGUGUUGGGCGAUGGCACCCUGGAAAUCCGCUUUGCCCAGGAUCAAGACAGCGGGAUGUAUGUCUGCAUCGCUAGCAAUGCAGCAGGGAACGACACCUUCACGGCCUCUUUAACUGUGAAAGGCUUCACCUCAGACCGCUUCCUUUAUGCCAACAGGACCCCUAUGUACAUGACGGACGCCAACGACACCAUGUCCAAUGGCACCAAUGCCAAUACGUUUUCCCUGGACCUUAAAACAAUACUGGUGUCUACAGCCAUGGGCUGUUUCACAUUCCUGGGAGUGGUUUUAUUUUGUUUUCUCCUCCUCUUUGUGUGGAGCCGAGGGAAAGGCAAGCACAAAAACAGCAUUGACCUCGAGUAUGUGCCCCGAAAAAACAAUGGUGCUGUUGUGGAAGGGGAGGUGGCUGGACCCAGGAGGUUCAACAUGAAAAUGAUCUGAGGGGCUAGCGCUCACACUGUUGUUUCCAGGUCAGUGUCGGUCACCAGUGAGAUAGCUGGCACAGUCAAUUACUAGGCGAAAAGGUGGCCUCGGGCGGCUGCCCCUGUGUCCAAGCAGGGUCCACAGAGGCAGGACUUCGUCUGGAGACUCUCCACCGAGAGGCAGGCAGACACGUGUCAGAGCCCUUCACAGUGGGAUUCUAAUUGUUUGCAUUGCAAAUAUUGGCAUUCUGGGGAUCUCAGUAAUGAACCUAAACCUUCAGCUCAUGCUCACGGACAGUUACUCAACCUUUUCUACCACGGCAAAAACAAAAGGAAAAAAAAAAAAGGAACAACCUACAAUGUAGGAUUUACGUAUUAAAAAGACACAUUUGUCUAAAACAUACUCUACAGAAAAAUUUGUAUCUAUGAUUCUCAUUUGUUAAAGCCUUGCAUCAUACCGUAUUGUUGAUUCAGCACCACAAAGAAAUCAAUAUAUUCUUUACUUUUUUUUUUGAAACAUAUAUGCUGUAUAUGUUUUAAAGCAAUAUGAAUGAGAGGUUGUGCUUUUAGUUACUCACCACUAUAGAUCCAAGUGUGAUAUCACCUUCCUUUCCAUACAGAUGACCCUGAGACUAGAUCCCUGGAGUUAUGGGCGGAGAGAUGCGGAAUGAUGCGUUUGUCUGAUGUAGGAUGCCAAGAAAUAGAGCCCAAGGCAAAACUGCUCAACUCUGUUAACUUCUGUUACUAUAAAUAAAGGCAUGUGCCUA